AUGAAAAUUUUGUUGCUAUUAUUAGAAAUUGUUUUGACGUUUGGCCAAAAUAGGGAGUCUACAAACGAUCCGGGCAGUUACUCGAGAAUACUUUCGAGGAAAAAAAGGCACUUGAUAUUUCCUGAUGGCAGCUCCUUUCAAUUGGUAUUUUGUACGCAAACCCAUGGAUAUCUACAAGUUGGCGAUAUAGUUUGGUUUGGCAAUACCGCAGCGUUGGCUUGGGAACUACCGACUGAUCCUAAACUAUUUAACUACUUUAAGAAAUAUGACAAAAUCCACACCGCUGAAAACAGAGAUGGUGCAUCUAAGCUAAUAUACUUUUUAGAUGAAAAUGGAAAAGUUCUUUCUAAAAAACCAUAUCAUAAGAGAAUCAUUGUAAAUCCAGCAUUUGCCAAACGGAGCGUAGAUGGCCAUUUGUGUGAAGAAAAAGAAAUUAAUAAAACAUCCAUUCAAGAACUGCGAAAGAGGAAAAAAUAUUUAAACGUCUUGAAGAAUCUUGAGAGCGAUGCUAUUGAAUUUCAUAGAGAGGGAAGAAAGAGCCUUUAUGCGCAAUUAGAAAUAUUCAUACAAGCCCUUGGUUGGAGAGGGAGAGAUUGUGUCCUUCGUUUACUAUGCGAGUAUGGCAACACUGCAGAGCAAGAACACGGCACGUUUUUAAAGGAAAUCAUAAGAGCUAUAUUUACAUUACCUCAAGGAAGGGUAUUUGAUGGUGAUUUUUACAGAGAAUACGAUACGGCAUAUACAACGAAAGAAGAUUGUGCUAACUUAUACCCACACUGUCGAGCGAUGGAGCAAAUAAAUCCUGCC